CAAAACCAAACCAUUACCAACCCACUCUCUUCACAAUCGUUCACAAAACCAAACCUCAAACCACAAAACUACCAACCCACUCUCCUUCACAAUCGUUGACAAAACAAACCUCAAACCACACCACUACCAAACCACUAUCGUUCACAAAAUCCUUAUUCAACAAAAACCUCAACAGAACUCUCGUUCACAAUCGUCAACAAUAUUUUUUAAUUUAUAUACAAAAUCGUCAACAACCUCAAACCAAACCAAGAAAAACCUCAAUCUCCAAAAAUCUACCAAACCACAAAAUUGUUCUUUUCAUUUUGUAAUUUAUAUACAAAAUGGCUUCAUCUUCUCAUGAUGAAUUUUCACAAGUAUUGAAUGAAGAAUUUGAUAAUCUUUUUCAAGAAGAAUUUGAUAACCAAAUUCAAGAAGAAUUUGAUUAUUCUUUGGAGGAGGAUCAACGACCCCGAAAACCAAGAAAAAAAAGAGUUCAUAUCGAAAGAUAUCGUGAAGAAGGUCACAUAAGGUUAUGGAACGAUUAUUUUGGAGAUAAUGCAACCUUCCCGCCUAAUUUAUUCCGACGUCGUUUUAGAAUGAAUAAGCAUUUAUUCUUGCGUAUCGUGGAUCGACUAACCAAUGAAAUUCUUUUCUUUCCACAAAGACGGGAUGCGACCGGAAGGUUAGGAUUCUCUCCAUUACAGAAGUGUACAGCAGCAAUUCGCAUGCUUGCAUAUGGUUAUGCGGCUGAUGCGGUUGACGAAUAUCUCCGGAUUGAUCUUCAAAGGCUCCUCAUUAUUGGAGAGAUAAGAGGAUUUCCCGGGAUGAUGGGAAGCAUCGAUUGUAUGCAUUGGGAGUGGACGAAUUGCCCAACCGCUUGGAAAGGUCAAUAUACACGAGCCUCGGGAAAACCAACGAUCGUUUUAGAGGCUGUAGCUUCGCAAGAUCUUUGGAUAUGGCACGCAUUUUUUGGACCUCCAGGUACUUUAAAUGAUAUCAAUAUUCUAGAUCGAUCUCCUGUUUUUGAUGAUAUCAUACAAGGACGAGCACCAAAAUGCAAGUAUGUAGUCAACGGAACCCAGUAUAGUUUGGGUUACUAUCUGACAGAUGGAAUUUAUCCAAAAUGGGCUACAUUUAUCCAAUCGAUCCCACUUCCACAAGAUGUUGAGCGGGCUUUUGGAGUUUUACAAGCUCGAUUUGCCAUUGUCAAAAAUCCGGCUCUUAUUUGGGAUAAGGAAAGAAUAGGAAAUAUUAUGCGGGCAUGCAUAAUACUUCACAAUAUGAUAGUAGAAGAUGAACGAGAUAUGUAUACUCAGUUCGAUGUCACUGAAUUCCAACAAGUAGAAACUGAAGGAAGUACAAGAGUGGAUUUCUCGUAUGAAACAGAUAUGCCUUCAAAUGUCGUCGAUAUGAUGACCGCUAGAACUCGACUUCGAGAUCGAAAUAUGCAUGAACAAUUGAAGAACGAUUUGGUCGAGCAUCUUUGGAAUAAAUUUUCCCCCAAUCAAGUUUAA